CACUGGUAUCACUUUUUUUCUAGGACAACUGCUUCUCAAUAGAUAGACCCAUAUCUGUUGGAUUGAAUUCUAAUGUAAUUUUGAACAACUUCACCUCACCACCUCGCCAACCAUUUGCUUGCUCGCGUCUGGCCGUAUACUGCAUCAUUUUAUCCAUCCAUACAUGGAGAAUGAGGCGAAAGUGAAUUAAGUGGGAAGAGUUGCUUUAGGAAAGGGAGAGAAGGCGAGGAUAUGUGGUGACUAGCUACAUGGUCCAGGAGCCGUAGUGCCUUGCUGGACGAUUGAAGGCGUCACACCUGACUUUGAUACCACUGUCAGGUGCAUGGAUUUCCAGCACAGAAAAUUUAAGUACGUUUUAUGCGGAGUAGUUUUUAAUCGUUGUCGAUCUUUUCUACCCUAUGCAUGCACCGGCCGGUGAUAGUGUCCUAAAUGGAGAUAACUAUUUGCCUCACAAAUAAAAGCCUCACGAAAGGCAGUAAAAGGAGGCUAUAUAUUUCAUGCCAAGUAUUUGUUUAGAGGUGACUUUCCCAUGCCAAACACAAAGCAGCUUUGAAGUGACAUGUUGCCUCCAAGAAUGAACCGCAAGAGAAAAGACAAUGAAAAUGAAAAGGAUGGUACCGAAGGUAAUGGAGAUGUGCUUCAACUUUCAAUGGGUCUCAAGGGAUUAGCUCGGGGACAGCUAGUUCCAUUUAGAAAAGUUCGACAGCGACGAAACCCGUCGCAGGCACCGCGUGAAGGCAAGAGCGAGUUUAUUCCUCCUCCGUUUCCCUGGUCGACGGAUAAGCGAGCAACUAUACAACCCCUAUCUUAUCUGGUAUCAAACAAGAUAUCUACUAUCACCGGAGAUGUGCAAUGCAAGCGAUGCGAGCGUACGUAUGUGAUUGAAUUUGAUUUGCAUCAAAAGUUUUAUGAAAUUGGGAGGUUUAUCAUGGAAAACAAAGCGAUUAUGCACGAUCGGGCACCCGAGAUGUGGAGGAACCCGGUUCUCCCUACGUGUCGGUUUUGCGAGCAAGAGAAUAGUGCCAAACCGGUUAUCGCGAGUAGCAAGAAAGCCAUAAACUGGCUCUUCUUGCUACUAGGUCAGCUACUCGGCUGCUGCACCCUCGAGCAGCUCAGAUAUUUUUGUAAACACACAAAGAAUCACAGGACAGGAGCUAAAGAUAGGGUUCUUUAUCUUACUUAUUUGAGCUUGUGUAAGCAGCUUGAUCCCACCGGUCCUUUUGAUCGUUAAAUGGGGUUGAAUCUAUCAAAUAUGUUCUCUACUAAUGGUUUUAGACAACUACUAAUAAUGAACUUAGAUAUAGCUGGUUUUAUGUUACAAUUCGGAUUAUUUAUUAUAUAUGGAAGAAAUCCAUAUUCUUUUGAGGCUAAGAAUUUGAGUAUAGGAAUUAG